ACUCCUCGUCAACUUGCGUUGCGUGUCUUUCCUUUCCUUCUUCGAAUGAACAUCUGAAGCCCGAAAGCAAAAAGAGAAUUAAACUCAUCAUUUUUUGGGGAAUGGAGAAGAAGCUCCUCUCCUACAGACGCCAUUAACAUCAUCCUCUAAGCUUCUGCGAUUCUCUCCGUUCGUCGGAAGCUUUCACGACGAUUUUUCAAUCCUUAUCCGAACCGGAGAAAUCAUGUCGGACGCUUUGAUCAAUGGAUUGGCUGGAGCUGGUGGUGGGAUCAUUGCUCAGCUUCUCACUUAUCCUCUUCAAACUGUAAAUACGCGCCAACAGACGGAGCGGGAUCUGAAGAGGGAGAAGAGGAAACUUGGCACUAUCGAACACAUGUGUCAGGUUGUCAAACAAGAGGGAUGGGAGAGAUUAUACGGUGGAUUGGCACCGUCUCUCGCUGGAACGGCAGCAUCACAGGGUGUGUACUACUACUUCUAUCAAGUGUUUCGGAAUCAAGCUGAAGCCACAGCUCUUGCACGGAAGAAGAAAGGGUUGGGUGACGGAUCAGUUGGGAUGUUUGCUUCACUUUUAGUGGCUGCCUUUGCUGGAUCGGUUAAUGUUCUUAUGACGAAUCCAAUUUGGGUGAUUGUUACGCGCAUGCAGACCCACAGAAAAAUGACAAAAGAUCAAACUGCUGCCUCCGUGUCACCUUCUUCUGAUGCAGAAGCUCUGGUUGCAGUUGAGCCGCGUCCAUAUGGAACCUUCAAUACGAUUCAAGAGGUUUACGAUGAAGCUGGAGUGACUGGCUUCUGGAAAGGUGUAAUUCCAACAUUGAUCAUGGUAAGUAAUCCGUCAAUGCAAUUUAUGUUGUAUGAGACAAUGUUAACCAAGCUGAAGAAAAAGCGUGCCUUGAAGGGUAGCAACAGCGUAACCGCUUUGGAGACAUUUCUUCUUGGAGCUGUGGCUAAACUCGGAGCUACAGUCACAACUUAUCCUCUCUUGGUUGUAAAGUCGCGACUUCAAGCGAAACAGGUCACAACAGGGGACAAAAGACAACAGUACAAAGGAACAUUGGACGCGAUUCUGAAAAUGAUUCGAUAUGAAGGGCUUUACGGGUUUUACAAAGGGAUGAGCACAAAGAUUGUGCAGAGCGUUUUAGCAGCUGCGGUUCUGUUCAUGAUCAAGGAAGAGCUUGUCAAGGGAGCUAAGCUGUUGCUUUCAAAUGCAACCUCUAGCUAAGUCAAGUCCAAGCCUUCUUGAAACUAGCAAUCUAGAAAUAAGAUUGAAAUAAAUAAAAAUAGAUUAAAUUUCCAAUAGUUUUCUUGAUUUAUUAUCACAGUAUUGGGAUUGUCGUUCAUUUCCUGAUGAUUGAAAUUGAUUAUUGUAUUUUCUUAAAGAUUCUUAGUAUGAAAUCUCAAUAAAGUUUGGCAGAUUUA